AUGGAGAGCAAUCAUAGUCUUACUGAAAUAUCAGUCGGUGCAAAUAAUAAUGAUAAAUUUGAAGGUGCGUGUUCGACAACAACAGAUAAUGAUGAUCCGGAUGACAGAAAACUUCUUCGUAAAUUAGAUUUACAUCUCAUACCCGGCAUGACAUUACUUUAUUUACUCAAUUAUCUCGACCGAGUCAACAUCGGACAAGCUAAAUUAAAUGGUAUUACCACAUCAUUAAAUCUUUCCAGUGAACAAUAUAAUACAUGCUUGAGUGUCGUUUACGUGACAUAUGUUGCUUUCGAAGUUCCAUCGAAUUUAAUCCUGAAGAAACUUCGGCCUAGUCGAUGGAUACCGCUGAUUAUGGUCACUUGGGGGAUUGUGACAACAUUGACUGGUCUCGUGAAUUCGUNAAGAUCUUUCCAGCUGAAAUCAAUACGGUACCCACGAACGAGCACUGCUGGUAGAAGAACGAGAUAUAAACUCAAGAAAUUGACAAUAUUAAUUCCAGUUAGACAUAGUGCACAUGGAUUUUUUCGUAAGCUACUCUUCGUAAAUACCAUUACAUUCAAUACAGAACCGAUACUUCCAAAUGCGAUUAAAAAUGGUCCACCAAAUUGA